UUGCUUCACUUCUACUAACUGGAGUAACUGGGUUGUGCUUUUGAUUCCUUUUGGAGUAGUUAUAAUGCCUUUAUCUUACAAAUAAUACCGUUUUCUAUGCCAUAUUGUUUGCCAUAUAAUUAUACUGACUGACUGUGUGUAAAAUUCUAGGAUUUUAUUUGGAUCUUGCUCAUUAGCAGGCCUCUGGGACUGUGUAAUGCACCCAUAUGGUCUUUGGGUGCAGCUUGCUAAACCAUCUCAUCUUUAUCUUUAAGCCUCAUGGCAUGAUGGGAAAUGCUAUCCCUUGAUACGAUAUUAGCUUAAGCUGUGAUUUAUUGUUAACAGUCUCUCUAUAAUCUGUGUUCUGCCUGAAGCCUGUUCAAAGGGAGUUCUUCCUCCCCACCAUUGCCAAGUGUUGCCCACAGGAUUCUUAUGAAUACAUUUUGAGUUUUCAUGGCUGGCAUCACUACAGCAGCUGUAUAGUGGUUAGCACUACCAACUCGAGGGCCCUUUCUGUGUGCAGCCUGUACGUUAUCCUUGUGCCUGCAUGUUUCCUCCAGAUGCUCUCGUGUCCUCCCAUAGUUCAAAGACAUCCAUGCUGGGCUAACUGAUGAUUCUGGAUAUGAGAUAGAUAAAGUGUAUACAAUGACUGGUAAGUAAAUGGGGAAUGUUAACUACAUAAUCUUUGGAUUUUUUGAUUUUUGACUUCCUCAAUAGUUCCUCAACAUGAUUACAAUUUUUUUUUUACAUUUAGCCAGGCACUUAGGACGCAACACUUUCUAAAUUCAAGCCCCUGUUUCUGUUGUAAUAGCAAGAAAUAGUAGAUGUAGUAAUGCAUGUAUUCACAGUGAGUAUUGUUUACGCUAACUUACUGUCAUGUCACUGUGAAAAAAGAGUACUUUUCAGACCUGCUUGAAUUGUUUGCUGCAAUAUUUUUAUGAACCAUAAAUAUUGUGACGCAUUUAGAGCUUUUAUUUUAUUUCUUUUUAUAUUGGUGUCACCAUGUUAUCAUUGGAAGAUGCAGCAGUGAAUAUAAAUGUUUCUCUUGUUUUACUUAGUGAGCAUUCUCAGUAAUGGAUUCUUCUGCAGUGACUAAACAGAGGUCGCGGUUCAUGCAGCAUUUUAUUUAGCGGUGUAUCGCUAAAGAGGAGGAUGGUGUUGUGCUGUAAUGGAAGGGUGAUGAGGAUUUUAAGGUUGGAGUGAGAAUGCACAGAAGGAAACUGUCAGAGGUUAGCUGCUGUUGCUGUUGCUGCUGCUGCUGCUGCUGCUACUCACACCUACACACAGAAUAAGCCAACAAACCUUGAUUUCCUCCUACACAACAACUGCACAUUAAGUCUGGACUCUAUCCUGUGCAUCACACACACUGACAAACAUUUCCUCCUGUAAUUAGCACAUUUCCUCCCCUCCAAAAAUUCAGGACCAUCCACUGUAACCCAGUGACUCCCAUUAUCUGCGGGAAGUUAAUUUGUUCAUUUACACAAGAUGACCUCCCGCAUGUGCUGUCCGUGCACCGCCGAGCUCCCACGCCACUAACACUGUCCUCCGAACAACAUUCUUUGAUUUGUCUUCCUCUUUCCUUCUCGCUGCUCAACCCACUCUGUCCUGUUUAUCUGCCUCUUCAUCGCUCUCAGGCUCCCUUUUCAGCUGAUGGAGCUUAUUGUGGACAAAUAGGCUUACAAGUGUCUCUAUGGCAACGGUGGAUCGUAAAGAGCUACAUAAGCACUUCAUCAGGGGCCAUGAUCCAACGGCUCCCAUUGGAGAUGGUGCCCCCAACCUCCUGCAACAAGUAAAGGCAGGCCAGAGAGGCUCCUGGGAGGAGGAGGGGAGAGCGAGAGGUGGCGAUAAUGCUGAGAGAGGAUGGAAGAGGAGGCGAGAGAAAAACCAUUUCUCCUCUCUCUUCUCUCUGCGUUUCAUUCAGCCAGUCUCUUCGACAUCCACCCAGCUCUUCUGCUUCCUGAGGACUUUUACUGUCCGGCUCUACGGUGAUUUUAUAUCUUGUGGAGACCAAAGAAAACUUCAGAAACAAGGAAGAGGGAACAGUGAAGGAGGACGCGGCCAUGGCCUCGUGGUUCAGCUGGAACGAGCCGUAUUACCGGACUCCCCGCCGGGACCCGGCCGACGUGGUCACCGACACCCUGAUGCUCGAGUUCAGCUGGCAGCUGAAGGAGUCUGAGAAGCAGCAGCGAGAGAGGGAGAACGAGUACCGACGCACAAAGACUGGGGUCGACUACAGCUGGCUAGCCAGCGCGCCCCGGUCCACCUACAACAUCAGUACAGGCGAGAGGCUUGGCCUGGAGGACCUCUGUGCCAAGGUGCCCCCAUCCUGUUGUGGGCUGGUCAUACUCAAGUUCAGGGAGGCCAUGCAGGCCAAUGAGCCCGAAGUGCAUGAAGUUUCUGGUCUGUUUCGCUCUGUCCUCAUGGAGGCUCUGGAUCACCUGAAGGAGGAGCAGGAGGCGGAGCGACUUGCUCGCCAGUGGAACAACAAACGUGCCAUGAGCGUUUCCCUCAUGAACUUUAGAUCGCGGAUCAAGAUCAACCCGUUUGGAAGCACAGUGGGCCUGACCUCUGCUGCAGCUGAAGGGGCGGGUCUAAGCGACCUCAAAACCGUGUCAGAGGACGUGGAGAGAGGGAUGGACAAGGACGAGAAGAUGCAGAGAGUGUGGAGCAUGCCUGACUUUAGAUACAAAGGAACCGGCAGCAGUAAGAUUGUUUGAUGCGGGAUUUCACGGGACAGAGAUGGUGAUGAUGAUGAUAAUGACGUUUCAGUAGGACUAAUGCUUUGUAGCAGUGUCCACUUUUGCACCAGGAGAGAGGAUGAGUCCAUCUGUCCGCCUGGUUUUACAGUACAGUACCAAUCAGCAUUUGACCCUGCUUUACUCUCUUAUCUGAAGUGUCUUUUUUCUAAUUUAUCAUAUUUUAAAUAUUUUUCCGUACUUGAAAGAAUUUUCAUGAGAUUAUCACUACUUGAAGUGAUGCCUCUUUCAUUUUGCAGAGAUUUGGCAUCUAAGCACUGAGGGCUUUUUAAUGUAGCCUAAUAGGGAAAUUAAUCUAAUUUAAACUGCUGUUUAUUGGGAGGAGAAACUUGGUGCUAGGUCAGACUACACAGGCAGGGCUGGGCUAUAAAUUUUGUUCAUACAGUUUUUGUAUAGAAGGAAAAUAGUCUUAAAACAAAUGACUUAAUCCAAUGAGAAGGUGAGUCACACGUUCCCUCCUGAACUGCACAGAAGGACCCAGGAACAUAAUUCAUCAUCCAAGGUCGGUGAACUGAAAGCUCUCUUCCUGUGCUCUUUAUUUGCAAGAGGAUGUUGGAGGGGAGGGGUUGGGGGAAGAGGAAUUAAUCAUCAAAGGCUGUCAGAUCAAAGUAAAAGCUUUGACGCACUUUAAUUGCUGUUUCUGCUCCAUUUGUCACCCACCAUUAUUCAGCAAUACAUAAAAGGUUUCAUCCAUCAUCCAUAAACAUCUUGACAUUAUCUCCAUACAAGAGGAACUGACAGUGUCUGUGUUUUUAUAUGUCAAUACAAUAAAAAUAACUGAUUUUGAAA